UGAUUGUACAGUACGUCUCAGCUGAUUUCGAAAGCGUGACAGAUUUUUUUACCUAUCUUAUCAACAAGAUAUUUAAGAUUUCUUCUUUAAAUCGAUAACGCCCUGAAGAAUGUACAAGAUAAUAAUAUCAUUUAUUUUAAAAAACGAAAUGUGUUUGGCUGGACACACAACUGGUUUGAAACCUUAACGCCAUCCUUAACUAUUAUCUGGGAGUAGGAUUGUUUUGGGGCCCAGCUAAUAUUCAGGACAGUAUGAAAUUUGGUAAAAGGGAUGUAGCCGCUGCGCAUAAGAGGUGUUCUGUAGCCGUGAGUUGUUCGGCAUGGUAUUUUAAAAUCAAGAACGGUCACUCGGUUGGUACUAUAUUUAUCGGCUGUCAAAAAUAAUAGAUAUCCAGGUUAUAUUAGUCAACCUCAGACCUAAACAAUGAAAGCAGAAGUCGACGAUGGAAUUUCCCUGGAGUGUUUUCUGAAACCAAGAAGAAUUGGGAAUCAGAAUGUUGUUCACAGACUCUAUCAACGGGAAACACAUUUGGGUAAACCUGGAACACAGUUUCACUGUGCAAGACGAUUUUACACAAAUGUAUUCCCAAAUUUUACAGUGGUAAAUGUUGAAAAGCCUCCUUGUUUUCUUAGGAAGUUUUCACCCGAUGGAAGAUACUUCGUAGCAUUCUCUGCGGACCAGACGUCUAUAGAAAUUUACAGUUUUGAAGGUUCUGCUGCGGCAGAAUCCUUAAUGAAAAAUGUUAAAGGUGACAUUGCUGCAAAUACCUCAGAUCCUAAGUGUUCAGACAUCAGGAGCAAACUCUUUGAGAAAUUCUUUAAAUUAAGGUGCACAGCAAUAGUCGCAACCAAUGGUGGGCAGUUGAAUAGAGAGUGUAGUUUAUUUACUGACGAUGGCAAGUUUGUAAUUGUCGGGUCUGCCCAGAAUGUUCCAGAGGACCCUCAUCCUUUGUUUUUUGACACUCACAGAAACAAUGAGGCAGUCAACGCUAGCCCACGAUCGCCGCUGGAAGACUAUUGUCUACAUAUUGUGGAACUCGAGUCUGGUCUUGUGUGCGAUUACAGAAGUUUUAAAUAUGAUAAAAUAUUUUUAUCACACAAUCAGGGACUUUAUUUGUAUAAGAACACGCUGGCAGUGUUGUCUGUGUUACAACAGACCAUCCAUAUAUUCCAUGUGACAUCGAGAGGGGAGUUCAUUGAUGUCCGAAGUAUCGGCAGAUUCUGUUACGAGGAUGAUGGUCUUUUCUUCAAUUCAUUCCAGGAAUCUACAGGUCGCAGUGCACAGACGCAAUAUAUGGAGAAAACAAUGAAUUCUCUUAAACACAGGUUACUGGUAUUCUUGUACACCAAAGCAAAAACUAGCUGCUCUGCCUAUGAACUACGCAAGUUUUACCAGUACUUUGAACAAUUUGCAUCGCUUAAAAUGUGGAAAAUGCAACUAUUAGAUGAAAAUCAUCUCCUUAUAAAGUACGCCAGUGAAGAUGUGGUAACUCUUAAAAUUCCUGACCCAAAUUCUCAACCCUCCUUCUUUGUCGUGUACAAUAUGGCGACAACGGAGGUUGUAGCUGUGAAUGAGAACACGAGCGACGACCUGCUGCAGUUGUUUGAGAACCACUGUGACAUGUUUCGUAACGCGACCCUGCAUACUGUUGCUCAUUUCACAUGCUCGUCAUCCAGCAACCUUUAUGCAAGACAGAUCCAGCAGCGAUAUAAACAGACCAUCAUAAAUGCCAAGUUUGGUGGAAAUACAGAAGCUGUCAAGCGUUUGCUUGCCCAGUUGCCGAUCAGUGCCCAAUCGUAUAGUAGCAGCCCCUACCUGGACCUAGCUCUCUUUAGCUAUGACGAUAAGUGGGUGUCUGUCAUGGAGCGGCCCAAACCCUGUGGUGAUCACCCUAUUAGGUUCUAUGCCAGAGACUCGGCUCUGCUUAAGUUCAAGAUCUACGCGGGUGUGACAGGCAAGAACACCCAACCAACUGCCCGACGUCUAGUGGCCUUUACCUUCCAUCCCAGCGAACCCUUCGCCAUCAGUGUACAGAGAACCAACUCAGAAUAUGUGGUCAAUUUCCAUAUCAGACAUGUGUAUGUGCCGAAAUAGAAAUACCUCAAAGUCAAAGCUAACACUACAUCAACAAUUGACAAUGUUCCAUGCCUAACAUGAUUUUGUGCUCCGUACAUUUUAUGCCCCAUACCUGGUAUGUGAACAUUGACAAGAUAAGUAUCCUGUGUGGUGACACAAUUCAUGCUGAACAUGAUUUGGAGUCAGUAGCUGGAUGUGAACAUUGACAAGAUAAAUAUCCUGAAGUGGUGACAAAAUUCAUGCUGAACAUGAUUUGGAGUCAGUACCUGGAGGUGAACAUUGACAAGAAAAGUUUCCUAAAGUGGUGAAAAUAUUCAUCCAUGGCAAAGGUACUUGCUGAGCAUGAUUUUGAGCAAGUAGCUGAAGCGUGAACAUUGACUAAAUAUUUCUGAGGUGGGGGCAAAAUUCUUCAAUGGACGAAGAUAGAUGAACCCUAAAUGAUCAUAGCUUAUUGCCAGAUAUGUGUUCUCCUAGAGUGUAGGGUACUUAAAGAUCUAUUGUGUCAAUUUAGUUUGAAAAGGAAAAUAGUCGCACAAUGAAUAGAAUGAUGUCAUAUAAUAUGGAAUAAUAUGAUUGUGUUUGUGUUCAGAGACAUUUAUUGAGGUGGAUUGGGGAUUGAUUAAACAAUGAAAUUGAUAGGAAGUAAUGCAGUAUUUUACAUUAUAUGAGUGCUGUACUUGUUCCAAAUGAACUGUACGUUAUAAUGUACAGUAGCUGAUGUGUGGAAUGUUAUUGAACUACUGCAAGUUGUUUAAUAUUGUCAUGAAUGAAAAAUUAAACAAACAACAACAAUUAUUAACUGAUAUACUGGUGUGUCCCUUGCUGGACAAGGGCAUGUUUUAAUUGAUUCAAUUAACUUGCAGUUAAACCAGUUCAAUUAACAUUUUCAAAAAUGAUAGUUUAUUGGCUAAUAUACUGGCAUUUCCCUUGCUGGACAAGGGCAUGUUUUAAUUGAUUUAAGUUAUUUGCAGUUAAAUCAGUUCAAACUACAUUUUAAAAAUAUGUUAGUUUUUUAAAUUUGACAGAAUAAAAUUUGA